ACGUGUGUGCAUGCAGUUUAAUACAUCUAGGAUGUUUCUUUCCUGUUAGCAGGUUGACUAGCUCGUUUUGCUAAAUGUGUACUUAAAGUGACCUACUCUUGGUGAAACAGUUAGAGAGGGAACAUACAUUACUCUCAAUAGUUAGGUAACGCCCAGAGGGCUGUCACUCAUUCUACUGCUAACCUGUGACGUGUGCACAGAUGUUGUACUGUACUCUGGAUGUUUAGUUCUAUCUGGUAUUUUGGAAUAAUCUUAUUCGAGCCUCUUUUUACUCCACUCGGGACCUACUUUUUAUUUGGUCGUUGCGCGUCAAAUAUUUCUUUUUGGCUACGCUCUCAAAGAUAUGCCAUCCUUAGCUAAACACGAAACUGCAAGGUAAAAAUAUUUGGUACGAUAUAUUACAUUUAUACAACUUAUCAAUCGAGAAUCCAAGACUAAACAAAGGUAUUAUUACCACGAGCAUAGACUACCUCUAAAGCUGAACACAGGACACAGUAACCCAUGGAUUUGUUUAUGACUAGGAGGAAAGGGAAGCUACCACAUCUUUCUCUUCACUUGAAUGACUUUGAUACAUUUUUAGAAAACAUGUUUUUCGAACGAAGUGUAAACACGAAAGGAUUACCAAAACAAAAACACUUGUGUUGAGCUUUAAGCAGUGAGAAUGGGUUUUCUUUGCCUGGAGUAUACUGAAGGUGAAUGGGCCUGGCUUACUUAGGCCACUUUUCAUGUUGAAAAUAAUUGCAAACAUAUUGUUGUAAAAUCAACAAACAACAUUAAGAAAAAUAAAAUAUGUCUGACUUUAAUUUCAAUAAUUUGCCAAACCAAGAAUCUUAUACAAUGGCUACAAAAAGGCUGGCCAAAAAGCGAACAUUAGAGAGUGAGAGCAGCAAGGAAGUGCCAGAAAAACAAUUGGUGAUAUCUGAUAAAAACAGCUUACUAACACACAUUUCUAAUGAUGGUGAUACUGGAAUCUUAAGUCCAAACAAAAAGCCAAAACACUUGGCUUAUAGAGAACCAGAAAAUCUUCCAUCCCUUGAUCCUGAUUCUUUCAAGCUUCUCUUUGAUUCUCAGCCUAAUUCUGAAGUACAGUCAGCAGGCUUGGAAAGCUGGUCCGUGCCUGUGUCUGUCACUAGUACACCAUCAGCCUCAGGCUUAGAAAGUCUUGGGGACAUUAUUCAAAAGUAUACAAAUGCAUCCUUGGAUUCUAUCAAGUGUUUUAACAUACCAUUAGAAGAGUCAGGAACUAAUCAGUACAUGACAACUGGUGCUGUACUGUCUCCUAGCAUAGACAAUGAGAUAUCUUUAACAUCAACUGUCCCAUCUUCUGAGCAGGCUCUUACAUCUGUCCCCAAUGAAACAGACUGUGUAGAUAACAGAUCACUGACCAACAUGCAGUUGUUAUUACCUAACUUGUCAACAGAUGAAAAUAAAAACAAUUUUAUUGUUUCAACAAAUUUGAAAAGAAGCAAUAACAAUAAUACUGGAGUUUUCUCCUACAAGAAACUGCUAGAAUUUCCUAGUCUUUCUGAGAUAAAAGAUUGUCCCAUUAAUCCAUCCCAUGUAGGAUUCUUUGCACCAUCAGAAUUAAAGGUUAAAGAUUUGCCACGUGAAAUUCAGCAUGAAGAUACUGAGACAUUUUUUACAUGCAUGUCACCAUUGGUUGUCCAGAUAUCUGUUAAUGUGACAAGCUCAGCCCGUGAUUGCAAUGAUGAAUAUAAAGAAUACAUUGGGACCAAUAAGAUGAGAUUUGGGUCAGGCUUCGUAGGUGCUGUUGAUGAACGAAUAGUCAAGUUCAGAUGUAAGAAAACUGACUGCUCAUUAAAUACACCCUCAUCUGCUGGUAGCAGAAGAUCUUCUGUCAUUUCUUCAUCUUUCAGCCCCAACACUUCCUUUGAGUCUCAGUCUGACAACAGUAUCAAUACACCUACGACUCCUUCCUCUGAGCCAAAGCAUUAUUACUACAGUGGUGUGACUGUCCACACAAGCAGGCAUGUGAUCUUUGAUAAGACAGAAGCUGACAAUGCCUUUGUGAAAUUUUUCUUUGACAAACCAAAUGGUAAAGGAGUCAUAAAAGGGCAUGUGGCAGCCAUAGUUGGUGUGAACAUUUUGCAGGAUCAUGUGACUUUGCAUGUUAUGUCACAUGACAAAACCUUAUUUCACACCCUUCCUGUCCUGCUAGAGAAUGCUAAAUCAAGUUACAAUGAGAUGGCUGCUAGUACAAUGAAAGCCCAGUAUACCCAUAGCAUAAAGAAUAAAGAAAGCUGGGUGGCAGUCAUAUCACACCCUCAUGGGCUCUCCCAAGCCAUCACAUUUGGUCGGGUCAAAACAGAAGUGCAAGACAGUGAGAGCCUCAAAGUCCGAAAAUACUAUGAUGCCCCACUUUGUGAAGGCUGCUCCGGUGCACUAGUCAUAACUCCAACGCUGCUGAAACUUCAGUGGCCUGGUGCUGUUCAUAGCUCUUUUGAUCCAGAGAUUGGCUUGAAUUACACUCUGGACUCUAGAUCAAAAGAUCUCAAUUUUAUUGACAUUGGUCACAUGAAUAAGCAUAAGAUAAAAUAAAUAGUUUUUCAUUAAACUAUUCUUAUAAUUAAUUAAAAAAAAAAUUCUCAUCUGUUCUUCUUUUCUAAUUGCUGUGAUAUAACCUCACUAGUCGAACCAUGGCCUAACAUACGCCGCUGUUUUGCAGGGCCGGCCUUAGACCAAUUGCAGUGGAACCCACAAUUUCAUAGAACCUGCGCUAAUUCUAGGUAUAAAUUAUUAAAUUAAACCAUUUUAUAACUUAAAACAUAUUUUCUGCGGCCUCCUGAUUUACCAGGAGCUCCUAGAAAUCUCCUCCCAGAAAUUGCAAAAUAUAUGAAAAAGUCAUGGAAAUCUCCAAAAAUUAUUUAAAAUCUUUUGAAAACACAUACAAAUCUCAUGAAAUAUAUAGACAAAAAUUGUCUUUUUGUGGUGUCAUUCAAUAUGGAAAACACCAAUCCUACACAUGAUAAAUAAAAACGGCAUUAUGCAUUACCCAUAAUUGUGUAAUCUGGUGAAAGAAGCUUCUCGUGCCUUAAAUUAAUGAAGAAUUACUUGAGGUCAACAAUUCUUGCAAGGCUCGUAAAGUAGUUCUGUACAUAGUAAAGAAUGAAUAAAAUGCAAAGACGAAUUUAUUUUCUAAUACAAACUCUUAAAUUUCAAUUAUUAUGUGUAUCCCUACCCAAACUCAGCCCCGCGAAAUCCAUUUCGCAUAGGACCCCACAACGGUUGAGUCUGGCCCUGCUAUUUUGUGACAGGUGAAUACUACUUGUUCUCCCCCCCCGCCUUUUUUUUUUGUAGGGUAACUCUAGUUAGUCUGACUUGCAGAAAUAAAAGAGUGAUCUUUCCUUUACUUCUUCUUGCAUGCCCAAACUCUUGAGCCAUGAAGAGAAUUAUAUAUAUAGAUACUAAAUUUAACAUUUUCUUUUAGAAAUUAGAAAAGGAUGUACAUACAAAGCACUUCAAAUAGUAAAAUUGUUUGUUAAGCCCAUGAAUUAAUAAUCUAUACAUUCAGUUCUUCAUAAUGUAUAAAUUCUCUACAGUUGAGGAUAAAAUAUUAUUCAUUAUUUUAUUAUAAGUACUUGUUAAUUUUGUAUUAUAUUUUAUGCUUAUAACUACACAUUUUGCAUGUAGUGAAUAAUUUUCCUGACACAGGAUGAAAUAAAAAGACUAGUGUUUAAUAAAAUGUAAAAGAUCCAAUAUUACUUUUUAAAAAUAUCAACUAGGUAGCAAAGCCUUAAAGAAAGUUAUAGGAAAAUGGGUCAAUACAUAUUUAAGUACUUCUUUCAAACCUUGCAAUCAUUUUGGGCAGAUAAUGUAAAGGUCAUCUGUGUCUGUGGCUUAUGGUUAACAAGGGUUUCAUGUGGCCAGCACAAGAUCAACCAACUUUACUUUUUCCUAACUAAUGUCAGGUACCCUUUAGAGUUAGAUGGAAUCAGGGGCGCCCUGAUAAUCCCAAAAGUCUCAGUCUUCACCAAGAUUUGAACACAAGACCCUUCAGUUUGGAAGCCAAGCAAUUCACCACCCAGCCACCGAGCCAAUACAUUUUAGUCACAUUGUAAAAUGUAUCUUAUAAUACUUAAAUUUUGGCUUUUAUGUAAAAAUCAAUACACUAUCUGGUUCUUUUUUUAGAGAGUUAAGAAAAUUCAAGUUAACUUAAUUAAGUCAAGAAUACAUGCAGUCAAAAAAUGUUUUCUUCGGUAGACAUUUAAAAAAAUAUAUAAUCACAUUUUCAGUGUUAUUAUGCUUUAAACAUAUUUUCUUUUUUUUUUCCUUUUUUCUAAACAUGUUAAAAUAAGUUUGAUAAUCCUCAGCAUUAAACUUUUUUCAUGAGACUAACAUUUUAUUUAAAAUACUUCCAAUAUUGAGUUGUGUUGUUUUGUAAUUUAUUUGACCUUAUUAACUGUUUGUAAUUAAAUCACAUUUGCAUCGAGGUGGACACUAAUAUAAACAUUGCCCAAUAGAUUCUUUGUAAUUUAUGUUAAUUUUUUGUUCAUUUUUUUCUUCCAAAAGAUUUAAUUGUACAAAGAAGUGGUUCUUUUAUAAACUGUUGCUACGUUGUUUGCCAUCAGUAUGCAAGUUAUCUUUAAGAUAUUUUGUUGGCUUCCAGAAAAGCAAAAGAUAACUUUGUUAAUUUUGUAUUCAAAGCUUUUUUUGUCUGUUAACCCUAAAGUGCACUUUUGUUAAAUAUACAAAAUCUACCCUAUAUAUUUGUUUGUACAAUAUUUUCAUGUUGUUGAAACAAAUCAAUCUGUUUUCCAACCAGUGAGCAUAUAUAGAUUGGUUUAUGGUAUUGUGAUUUAUAUUAUAUUAUUCUAAAAAACAGAUGAACUCUAAUUGUUAUAUAUAUUUAUAAGACAAUGUAACCUCUAUCAUUACAUUUGUAAAACAUACAUACCAGGAUGACUACCUGGUCGUGCGGUUUGUGCACUGGACUGUUGUUCGAACUUACUGAUGGUCCCAGUUUAAACCCUACCCACUCCCAUCCCCAAUAAAUUAAAUAUUGACAUAAGAAAUGUUAUGGAAAAGUGUCACUUAUUUAGUGAACACUGUGGGUUAUAAAACUGUGCACUGUUUGUAGUUUAAUAAGUCUCUAGAUUCUUCAUCUAAUUCUAAAUUCUUGUUAAGAAUUCAAAGUCAUGCCUUCUAUUAGAUUCAAACCUUAAACCCUUUAUAGGAUAAAAAAUAUGUGGCUUUCAACAGCUAGUGUUCAUUUUUUUUCCCAGCACAAACGCACAAAACAUUUGCAUUUAUUCUCUUAUGGAAAUAGUUAAUAUUUUCCUCAGAAUUGACUCCCAAAGCCUUUCCCAUCAUUGAGUAUAGCUGCAAGAGUUUUCCUUCUGCUAGGUGGGUAGCCAGCAAUGGCUAAAGUGCCAGGCUGCCAGAAGCUUACUGGUUUAGGCGCCAGUUACUCGCCUUCUGUUAGUGAAACCAGUUCUGCCGGACUCAAUAUCUGAGCUAAUAAUAAUCAUCAAUAUUUUAUUUCUAAAAACAAAGAUGAAAUCACUCUGUCUCUGUUAAAGAGAGAAUCAUGAAUCUGCUGUGUAAGCAACUUCAUAGCAAAUACCACUAGAAGUAUCAGACUACUAUCAUACUUGAGUCUACUUGUAUAGUUUAGACAUUUUUUGUUUGGGUAAAAAUGUAAUUAUUUGUAAAUGAAAGCAAAAUCUACUUUUUAAACUAUAAUUGUAGAAUAUUUUUGUCUUGUAAACAAUGUAUAGUAUGGAACAGUCCUAUGCUUGAUUGUUGACCUAAGAAUUUUAUAUUUGAAUGGAUUUUUUCUCCACUGGGAAUUCUGAAUAGAGGUAAAACAAAAUAAGCUGACUGCACCAGGGUGUCCCAUGAAAAGUUUGUAUUUCUGAGUAAUAUCCAAGUCAAGUAUCACAUGUCAACAAGACAAAGUCACAGCUCAAUAGUUUCUAACUUUUGAAUCUUGUACUUGUACUGAGUGAAAUUAAUAAAUUAAAGUCUCAAAAAAAAAAAAUUUGGUUUAUGUAUUUCUGAAAGUGGAGACUGUAAGUGUUUCUUUAGUAAUUUGAUGGGAUGAAGACAAAAGAUGUUUGAGUGAUGAUAAAAUUGGUGACUGUGGGCUAUAUGGUGGCUGGUUUAGAUGAAUGAUUAAUGAUUAUAUUUCAUGGAUGAUUUUCAAACUACAGGUUUGAAUGUAGAAUGUAGAUCAAUUUUAUCUGUAAAUGCAUUUUUUUUCUUAAGAUUAGGUUGUAGUCAUUCAUUGUAUUGGCAGUUUGUAUAUUCAUUAUAUCAUAAAGAUUUAGAACUAUAACCAUUCCAUUUAGUAUUUAUAAUUGUAGUGGAGUGGAUAUUUCUUUAAGCUGCACUGGCUGCCAAUAGCCACAUGACCUAUUCUCCUAGAUGGCUUCCAGGUGGUCUCGCUUAAAUCAAAAGUGAGGACACUGCCCAUUCUGCUGGCAACUUUUGUCACCACUAGGAACAGUGAUUUGCUUUCCUCUUGAGCCUGUUGAAAACUUGUGUUUUUGUAUUGCUGCAGGUCUUCAAUUUAUUCUUCUGUGUCAAACCGGGCCUUUGACACCUUCGUCACGGAGGUCACGGUCAAACCCACCGCAUACCAUUCUUAACAGCAUAAAGAUUUAGGACUAGAAACAUAGUAUACAUUCAUUACAGCUUAAAAUUUUAGACUUAUAAAGUCUUAAUUAGCUGUUGAUCCUAAAAUUAUCAAAAUGAAAUAAAUAAAGGAAAGAAUUUAAUUUGUGUGUGCAUUGGUCUGAUUUUGUACAAUUUAUUCAUUUCUAUUUUAAAUAAAGAACUGUUUAAAAUGACUUAAAUCUACCCAAAUGUUUCAUUUGGAAAUUACAUUUCUGCACUACUUUUAUAGGACAAAUCUUGCGAGCAUUUUGUUAAGGGUAUUUUAUUUUAGAAGAUAAUCUUAGCAAUUAUUUGUUUUCUUUUUGUGUUGUAUCUUUUUAGUAUUUUGCUAUAUUUUGUUUUACUUAGCCUAUACAAGUUAAAUAUAAUGACAAGAAUAUUAAAUAAUUAUUGUUUUGAAUUGACUUUUCUAUAAGUGAAUUCGAUUACGAGAAAGUCAUUCUUCUUAUCUUAUAUAAUACAGACGUUACUUCAAAAAAGAAGAUGAUUACGUCCUAAGCGUCAUGCAUUUAGUCAUGCAUAUUAACCAAUGACUUAAACUCUGCCAAGUCACUGGUUUUCCUGGCUAGCUCAGGCAACCCAUUCCAUGCUCUAAUAGCACUAGGGAAGAAGAAGUAUUUGUACAAAUUUGUCCUAGCAUAUGGGACGAGGAAUGUGCCUUUAUCUUUGUGUCUUUCAGAGUAUUUUAUUAAAUUUUGUUUUUGUAUUUGAA